AUGGCUGCUCCUUCUCUUCCACCAGAAAUUAUCGCCCAGAUUCUUUCCUAUGUUGCACCCGAGUCACUCGCCCCUUACGCCAGCAUCAAUGCACUUUGGCAGGUGAUCGUUGAACGACAGACUUUCUCCGUCCUCAACAUCACUACCGCUGGUCUCUCCGAUCUCCGACACAUUAUUACCCCACGGAGAUACUCUCUUGUUCGCAAAAUAUAUUUAAAGAUAACACUAGCAGAAUACAGUGUCGCCGAGCGUGUUCAAGUUGAGACCGAUGAAGACCGCAGCCGUAACAAUCAAGCAUUCACGGAGACAAUCUGCACCCUUUUUAAUAUCUUAAGCUCAUGGUCUACAAAUGGCGAAUAUGAACCUAGUAUCCAACUAAUUAUUAGCAACGUCUCGCCUAGCGACUUUACUGAGGAUUCAAAUCGCAGCUAUAGACGCUUACUUGGUAUGAAACAGCCAGGCAUGGAUAUCCUUUACUGGCGGUACAUGUCGUCUUACGUGGAGUUGCUUAAACCAACGGAGGAGCUUCCUAGCGUCGGUGUUAUUUCUGAUCUUGUGGUUAAUAGAGGGAUAGGGAGAAAUAUUGCGCCGGCUACGGUAUCGAAACUAAUAUCUCGAUUACCUAGGCUCCGUAUAUUAACGGCGAGAUUGUCUGAUAAUGAAAGAAAAGAUGAAAAACUUCGGGACAGGUUAAGAAAUGAAUUCGCCAUUAGUCUUGUCCUGUGGCCUUUAUCUCUAAAAUGCCUUUACCUUGACUAUCCCGGCGAGGCCCCGAGAGACGCAGACUUUCCUCCAUUAAAGCGCUCCAAACCAGGGGCAGAUGCCUUCUGUAUAACAUUUAGACAACUAAGCCAGCAGCUUAAAAUUAUACAUCUGGAUGGCAUCAUGGUCGGCCCCGAGCUGUUUUGGCCGCAGGAUGAUAAUAAACAGCCGUACUGGCCGAAUCUCACAUACUUCCACCUGACCUAUGCUGCUUCCACUCCGUCUGGCGAAUGGCUCUUUGAACGAGACCCGCGAUGUCCAGAAUACAAUUUUGACCGUAAUCCGGAGAAUUUAUACAUGCGACCACCUAUGGAUGACGCACCACAGGACGAAUUUCCCGACGACUAUCGCACUGCGCCAUCACCUAUUCUAAAUAGGCUUUAUAUAGCUGCUGCGUAUGCUGCACGACACAUGCCGAAACUAGAGACAAUGUCCCUUGUCGGGCAGGUCCAGGCGGGGUUAAAUGGCCUCCUAGGACAAAACAUUCUCCAGUGCGAAAUAAAGCAUGAAUUUUACUACGAAAGAGAACAAGGCCGGAACAUUGUCGAGAACGACUCCACUCGUCCUAACAUAGUACAAAACACUGGAUAA